GGGAUAUGAUAUGAGAUAUGCAUGGAUACUUUUACUUAACUAUUUACGUAAAAAUUAAGAUACAUUCAAUAAUUAUAUUUUAUUUAUAUUAUUGCUUCAACAUGAAUGAAUAUACUUAUAUCAGACAUUAUGUUAAAAAAACAAAAAAUAUUUAACUCUGAAAUAUAAAACAAAAAAAAUUAAGUAAUAUGAAUUAUAUAAAAAAAGUUCAAGACUCAGCAUCAACAUCCAUUCAUCCAUCUAUCACUUUCUGUCUCUCUCUCUCUCUCACACACACACACAUACUGAGCUCCUCAUUAUGAUGUUAUUAUAUGUCCUUUUUUUGUAUCUUCUCCUCUUCCUAUUCAAGUUAGUUGAUCAAUACAGAAGCCAAGGCUGCUACAUACUGCACUACGAAUGCUUCAAGCCCUCCGAUGACCGGAAACUCAACACCAAGCUCUCCGCCACCAUCAUCAAGCGAAACAAGAGCCUGGGUCACGAGGAGUACAAGUUCCUCUUGCGCGCCAUUGUGAAUUCAGGCAUUGGUGAAGACACUUACGGCCCAAGAAACAUCAUCGCCGGCCGGGAAGAAUCUCCUGCUCUCACAGAUGGCUUAUCAGAAAUGGACGAGUUCUUCUUCAACACACUCGACGAGCUCUUCCACAAGUCCAGAGUUCCACCACUAGACAUUGAUGUCCUCGUCGUGAACGUGUCCAUGCUCGCUUCAGUCCCUUCUUUGACUUGUAGAAUAAUCAACCAUUACAAAAUGAAAGAGGACAUUAUGUCCUUCAAUCUCUCUGGAAUGGGUUGCAGUGCAAGUCUUAUAUCUACCAAUGUUGUUCAAAGCAUCUUCAAAUCUCAAAAGAACAAAUUGGCCUUAGUUUUGACUUCGGAAUCAAUAGGUCCGAAUUGGUACUCCGGGAGUGACAAGUCCAUGAUUCUCUCCAACUGUCUGUUUAGGUCAGGUGGGUGUUCUAUCCUCUUGACAAACAACAGAGCUCUAACACAUCGAGCUAAGCUGAGUUUGAAGUGCUUGGUUCGCACCCAUCUCGGCUCCAGUGAUGAAGCACAUGGGUGUUGCAUGCAAACAGAAGAUGACCAUAAAAAUCUAGGGUUUCACCUCGGCAAGAGCCUCCCGAAGGUGACGAAUGGAGCCUUCGUCGAAAACAUAAGAACCCUAGCUCCAAAGGUAUUGCCAUUUAGAGAUUUGUUUCGCUACACAAUGCUACAAAAAUUUUGGGACAUUUUUUCUAGGUAUACCAAGAGUGGAGGAGGCAAAGUGAUCUUGAAUUUCAAGACUGGGGUGAAGCAUUUCUGCUUGCACCCUGGUGGUGCCGCGGUUAUCGAGGCGAUCGGGAAGGGUUUGGAGCUGGGAGAGCAUCAUCUGGAGCCUGCGAAGAUGACGCUGCAUCGAUUUGGGAACACCUCGGCCAGUAGCCUGUGGUAUGUUUUAGGGUACAUGGAGGCCAAGAAGAGGCUUAAGAAGGGUGAUAGGGUUUGGAUGAUCAGUUUUGGAGCUGGUUUUAAGUGUAACAGUUGUGUGUGGGAGGUUCUUAGGGAUUUGGAGGAUGAGAAUGUUUGGGGAGACUGCAUUGAAAACUACCCUCCAAAAGCCCUAGCCAACCCAUAUAUGGAGAAGUUUGGUUGGAUUUACCAAGAGAAACCAGAAUCUUUCACUUUUAGGAUACAUUAAAGUUUAUG